AUGCUAAAACAUUUGAUCCAUGCCGAGUCCUUUUUGGUUGAUAGCGCCAAUGGUUUGAUCGAAGGAGAUACACCUUCGAACUCAAACUCAACUCUUGAUAAUUCAUUCAAAAGAACGUCACCGAAACAAUUACCAGCAGCAGCUAAAAGAGUUCCUAGUUUUACAUUCACUCGUGCUGCUUCGCAAGAUUAUCACCGCUUUCAAGCAAUGCACAAUGCGCGAGGCUCAGAUACUGUGGGUGGUGGUACGGGCUCAAACUCUUUGUCCAGUCGUCGGUCCAAUUUCUUGAAAGUUUGUUCUUGGCCCUUUGGCAAAAUAGAUAAUUUGAGUGAAAAGGAAGAGAUACACAAUAUAAGUAAAGAGUUGGCCAGUAAUAAUACAUCUACCACCCACUUUGUUGAUGCAGUUGAGAUGACUCCAAAAAAUGUUACGAUAGCAGCAUUUGACCAGCGGAAUUUACAUUGUCAUAAAUUAAUACAACAACAACAACAACAACAACAACAGCAGCAGCAGCAACAACAACAACAACUACUGUACCACCAUCAUCAUCAACAGCAACAGCAGCAGCAGCAGCAAUGUCCAUUGACAGGAAAUCCAAGCUUGGAAAAUAUAGGUGGUGGUCACCAUAAUAACCAACAGAAUAAACUCAAUUAUAAUGAAAAAUUUGGCCGAGUUUUUGGGCGAAGAAAACAUCACCAGCAACAACAGGUGAGUGAUACUUAUAGAAGAUGCAUUGUUUUAUCAAAUAUAGACAAGUCAAUGAGUAUAACGGCUAUAUUACAGCAAGUUUGUGGUGGCCCCUUGGAAAAAAUAGUUAAAUUACCCAAUAAUCGACUUGAACUAUAUUUCAUUUUCCCUCAGCAAGCCAAACAGUUUUACAAUUUUGGUCGAAGCACUGGAUUGUUUAAAGUUAACGGAGUGAGAUUGAAUGUUAAUUGGUCGGAGCAAGAAUUUGAUAUAAAGGACAAUAAUCGAGGAGAAGAAGGAGGAGGAGGAGGAGGAAGUGGUGGUGGUGGAGGGGGAGAGGUAGGAGAAGAAAACGGAGCAGUAGGAGGAGAUGCUGGAGAUGGUGGCAAUGACGGAAAUUCAAGAGAAGAUGUGGAGAAUUUUACUCAUGGCAAUUUCCCGCCUUCAUAUUCAACAAAACAAGCACCUACGGCGUACUACACAUUACCGAAAUCACUUUACAACGAGAUUUUAUCAAAUGGAUGUAGAAGAUGUUUAAUUGUUUCAAGAAUAGUUAUGGGUAAAAAGAUAAGAACUGGUGAUAAGAUGUUUUACCCUGAGCCUGAGAUACACUAUUCGCAAGAUUUGCAAAUUCUGCAAAUUCGCCAGGAUUUUGAACCAUUUGGUCCUAUAGUCGAUAUUGGGAGUGUUAUUUCAAGAAAAUUGAGUUUCAGUGUAUUCUUUUACGAUAUAAGAAGCGCUAUUAGAGCUAAAUGCGAGUUUGAAACUAUAGGAAGUCCAUUGAGCUUAAAAUAUAAGGAUUGGAGUAUCUGUUCUAUGUCAAUGUCGACUGUUUCAACACCAGUAAGGGCAAACACUACGGGAACAGCUACUUUUGGAACAAGCUUUAGACCGCCUUCUAGACCAACUGUUACUAAUAGAACAUCUUCUCCCGUACAGCAGCACUAUAGGAACCACAAUCUCAAACAAGUACUGACUGAAAUAAGAUCAAGAUCAAGACCUGGCUCUUCAAUGGGAAUGAGUCGACCAACCACGCCUCUAAAUAGUGGUAUUGGCGGUUAUUUUGCUAAGCAACAGCAGCAGGAACCAUAUACAGGUUCAAUAGCAGUCUCGAUCAGACCUAAUCCAAGAACAUUUACUGACAAUUCCUCUUCUCAAAAUUGGAUAAUCAACCAACACAACAAUACAAUUGCAAAUAUUGUAGAUGGAACAUUGUUCACUUUUGACCAUGUGUUCCCACCGCUGGACUUGUCGAUAAACAACAACUAUCAGGUGUAUCUAAAGACUUGUAAACCCAUUGUUGAGAAAUUUUUAGAGGAUGGGUAUAAUGGUACUGUUUUUGCUUAUGGCAUGACUGGAUCAGGCAAGACAUACAGCAUGAAAGGGGAUGAACUGGAUAGCAGUGCAGUCAAUACAGGAUUUGUUGAAUUGGCGAUUAACGAUUUAUUUGAAAAAGUUGAGCAACAAAGUGAUAAGGUUGGAUAUGAAAUGCACGUAUCGUAUCUCGAGAUAUAUAACGAAAAAAUCAUUGAUCUAUUAGAUGUUGGAAAUACAGCGGUUUCGGAUUUGAAAAUUCGUGAUGAUCACGAACAUGGGGUCAAGGUUAUUGGCCUAACUACUCCAAUGAUAACAUCUAAAGAUCAGUUGUUAUCGCUUAUAAAACGAGGUGACACCAAUAGAAAAACCAGUGCCACAGACUUCAAUGCCAGAUCAUCACGUUCUCAUUCAAUUUUACAAAUCAAAUUGAAAAAGAUUAUUCUUGAUACAAAUUUGGAGAUUUGGUCAACAUUAUCGCUUUGCGAUUUAGCUGGUUCAGAAAGAGCCUCUAGUAGUUUAGAAAGAAGAAAAGAAGGUUCGUACAUCAAUAAAUCAUUGCUUGCUUUGAGUAAUGUUAUCAAUAAAUUAUCUUCAGCAUCGAGUUUAGGAGGGUGUGGUAUCGUUGAUACUCAUAUUAGUUAUAGAGACUCAAAAUUAACGAGGUUGUUACAGCCGGCAUUAAGUGGGAAGAGUCUUGUACUGAUAUUGUGCACAAUUCAUAUGGGGGGUACAACCAGCACUGCAGAAACCUACAAGACGUUGAGGUUUGCAGCUAGGGCAAAGGACAUUGUUAUGAAUGUCGAGAAGAAUAUUUGCAGGGCAAGUGACAUGGGGAAUGAUGUGGAAAUGCAGAAAAAGAUAAUUGAGUUGUAUAAUACAAUUGAACAGCAAAAACAGGAGUUGAUGAUACUAAAGUCAGGUAGUAUUACUCCCCCAUUACCUACGGAUCUGUCCCAAUUACCAACGUCGUCAUUAAUUGAGCUGGAAUUGAAAGCCACCAAUAAAAUACUCAACGACAAAGUCGACCAUUUAACAAGACUAGCUGAUUUACAGAAAACGGAAACCAUAAUUAUCAAAGAUACUGCAAUUAAUGAUAUCAUUGGCUGCGGAACAGAAAACCAGCAGACAUUGAUGACUAAUAUUGAAGAAUUUUACAGAAGAACUAUUCAUGAACUGGAGGAGUACAAGCAAUAUAUUGCUCACCUCGAAAAUCAGCUCAAAACGCAUUAUAUGACGAAUUUCAUACAACAAGAACAAGAACAACAACAACAACAACAACAGCAGCAGCAGCAUCAGCAGCAGCAAAGGUUAGAUUCGAGUAGUAGUCAAAACAGUGAUCUUUUUGAGGUUUUAAAAGAACAAGAAGAUGAAAUAAUGCAGUUGAAAGAAAUGAUUAAGGACAAAGAUCACAUUAUACGCAGUUUCACCAAAACAUCAAGAUUGAGAAAGUUGGUUGACUCUUCCAGCACGGUAGUGAAUUCAAUGAAAAAUAGUUAUUCCUCAAUGGAUUGGGAAUAUACUACUUCUACCAAGAAAAACGUUAUGGAAAGUCGACGGAGUGAGAGUAGUAAUAGUAGUAGAUCUCCCGAUAAGGAGAAUGAACACGAGCUUAUGAUGUUUGACUUUAAGCUAAGUCCAAAGAAACAAAAAAGCAGUUUCGACGUAUAUCAAACAACUCUGUGA